AUGUACCCAAGCAUAGAAUGGCUACACUGCGACUGUGACGGGUACAUCACGGGUACGGGUAUUUGUGCGGGUCACAAAAUCCUGACCCGUACCCGUGACCCGCUGCGGGUUACCCAUACCCAUGCAGUUCCCUACCGAAAAUGGACAGCUCGGGAGGCUGACGUAAAAACCAUCAUCGAGGAGCAGACUGGGAUGAAGCCGGGGGAAAAGGGAAUGAUGAAACAUUACCAACGUAUUGUCACCGAAAUUAUGCAAGGUCUUACCUCCGAUGAGUUGAAGGAGGCCGAGGCGACCACAUUAGCAUGGUCACAGGAAGGUCCACCAGCAGAAAUACAAAUCAAUAUUGCCAAGACAAAGGGUGAAUCAUUGAUGAAGCAUUUUGCAACAGAGAUUCAUGAUUUCAAUGAUGAAAUUGGCGGUGGUGAACGAUUCAUGGAUACCAAAGAUUGGCAAGUUAUAUUGGAAGAAUGGAAUCCAUAUGCAGAGGAACAGUUCAAUAUGCAGGAAGGGACCGAUGAUCGGGUGAUCCAUGGAAAGACACGGCAGGUUCGACAGCUGUUUCACUUUGAACUGGAUAAUGAGGGCAUGCCAAUCAUCCCCGACAAUCAAGAUCUUGACCUUCAAACCACAAAGGAUCUAAUUCAUGACUACAUGACAGUACAUUACCGACAUUGUUGCCAGAAGCCGAAAGUUCCCGUUCCAUGGGCAACAAUUAUAUCGCAGCAAGAAGAAUUCAUCGAGAGUAAAUAUCUACCUGAGGCAACAAGAAUAAAAGAUCCGUCCAAGCUGAAGAAGGCUGAGGCUCAAAUGCUUCUUCAAUUCUGGCGUCAGAGGCAGAAACACACAACUGACACCACAUUUAAAUUCAAGGCAUGGGUGGACUCAGAUGGAAACAUACACUCUCCCAUUAGGAAACCAACUCAAAGGUCGGAUGAUCUAGCUAGAAGCUGUCAGCCAUUAAAACGGUCUAGGACACACAAAUCAAGAGCAAGGAACACCGGUGACCAAAAGACAGACGAGGAGUCUUCUGAGGACGAUGAUGAUGCACGCCUUCCACCACGUCAAAAGUCAAAGCGGCUUGCAAAACAGAGAGCAACCACUGGGUCAUGUCGUAACUCUCCCAUCAGUCCAAUGGUUGACAUUGACAGCCAAUCCAGCCUCAAUGCUGGAUGGAAAGGCAAUGGUCAGGUGAAGGCGAGGGUUACCUCCAUCUCCCGUAGAAAGGAGCCAGAGUCUGAUGAUUCCGUACAACCAAGGCCAUUAGUGAAGAGAGGAAUCAUGACUCGUUUACCACAGAUGGACAAUGAGACUGAUGUAACUGAUCCUCCAAUAUCUGUCUCUCAGACGGCAAUGGUAGUGAUUGGCCAGGCAGAGCAAAUCCAGCACAUCAGGGGCGGGAAGAGAAACAGAACUGGCUCUGACUCAACCCAGGACAUUAAUGCAAAUUCAUCAUCGCCUCACAACCAAUCUUUACCAAAGGACAUUGAAGGUGCAAAGGGUGGAGCUACAAUAAAUCUAGUGACACCAUUGCAAAGACCAUGUCCUUGGCCUGGCCUGGCCGGCCGGUCGAAGCAAGGAAAUCAAAGGCAUAUCUUUCUGAAUGCAUUGACCGUCAGUCCUAUCACGGCCAAACAAAAUUCUGCAGCACAAGAGGAUAACAUCGUCGCACAACCUCAAAUGCUGGUACCCAAGCCACCACCCCGGCCAGGACAUCCGGAGAAGUCAAAAUCAUUGAUGUCCACCUCGGCCAUGGCGGCAAUAAAUGAAGGAUCUCCUACAGGUGCCUUAGUGACACCAGUACCAAACAAUCUACCUGUAGAGAGAUCUCGGCCAAGACCUCGGCCAGCCGGAAAGAUGCUUGGUACCAGUAGUCAUCGUCCAACUGCCCCAGGCAAACGUGUUCUCCUUGAUCACUUUGCUUCUGUCGCAGACACCAUCAGGAUGGUUCAAGGUCACAAUGGCUCCCUGGAUGAGACACCCAGUAUGUUACCGCCGAGGGAUAGGAAGACUUCUGAGAAGACAUCCAGAACGACUUUGAUACCAACUAAAGUUCACACAGCCAUAGCAGCCAACAAUACUGCUCAGAAAGAAAAUGCAGCUGUAUCUGCAAAUUGCCAACAUAUGGAUGAUCGUUCAGGAGGGACGGGUGCGGAUCUGAUGCUGGGAUGGGAACAGGGUAAAGGCGUCAAACAAUGGAGAGUAGAUGAGCUGCCAGAACCUCCUAGGAAACGGGCAGUUAGAGAAAGAAGGUUGCCCAGCAGGUAUGCUGACUAUGAAUAG